UUUCACUUUGAGCAUGCGCUGGGCGCGCGACAGUCUCUUUUUCCACUGUGGACUCGUCCGAGUUUGGGUGCGGUUAUAAUACAAACACAUUAAAAAAAAACAUUUUGAAAAUUUUUAUUAAAUAAUUAUAAUUUUUAAGCGAUUUUUAAGACAAAUAUUAAUGAAGCGCGACAAUGCUUUGCGGAAACUGGAAUGUCGACUUAAUGCACUGGAUGUGUUUCUCCGUCAUACUGGCAGGAGUUACCGCGGAACCAGAGGAAAGAUCACAACCACCACCUACACUUAAAAUCAUUGAAAAAGGAAGUUUUCUUAAUUUUAUUGCAAGCCCCCCUGGAUUAAAAAAUGACAGUGGACCACAGUGCUGGAGUUAUAAGUUUCUGUACAGAAAAUGCAAUGAGAACACAGAAACUAUAUAUGUCACCGAAUAUAACAAUUGGACAGCUGAGGUGGACUAUGAUGCUACCUGCAAGUACACUGUUCAGGUGCAGGCAAACUAUCGUACAGAUUACUGUGGGCACAAAGAAAAUGACAGUGACAUAAGUGAUCCUACUUACUUUGGUAAGGAUGAUGAUCCGGUUUUUCUCUUUAAAGUGGCUAUAAUUAUCAUCCCUUUGAUAGCGUGUACCUGUCUUGUUACUUCUAUAGUGCUGUUCAGGAGACACAAGGAAAUGUUCUUCCCCAAAGUUCCCAAUCCAUCAGAUUUCUUCAAGGACAUGUUUGACAACAAAAAUGAAAUGACAAGGGGCCUAUAUGAGCCUAAUGAAGAGGUGGUGGAAAAGAUCCAUGUGGAGCCAAAGACUACAAACCUCCUUUAAAUAGUCUAAUCAACAAAACAACAUAAAGGGAUGCACAUGUUCCAAAUGAGGAGGAAUGUUCCACCUGCUAAGCAACGUUGGAGUUCAAUGCAGCCUUUUAAAAAAACACUGUUACACUAGCCCUAAUUUAGGUGCAGAUAAUGCAAAAUACUCUGUAUACUGUGAGAAUUCUUGAGAUGUGCGCUUUAACUCUGCCAGGGUUCCUUGACAUUGACAGGGUCAUGGCAGAAGCUGCUUUUAAAGUAUUUUUUUCUAUUGAUUUUGUGUUGUUUUUAAAUAUAUUUUCUAAAUUGCUGAUCCACCGUUAGACUUGGAAAAGCUUCAUAAACAUAUUUGUAUUUGCUGCCUGCUUUAUAUUUCAAGCCAACAGAAGUUGGUAAGGGUGUGGCUAAAUGCUUAAUAGCUAGGUCACAUUUUUCAACAGAGGAGUUAAUAAUGUAUAAUAUACAUGUUUAGCUUUUUUUUUUUUACAUUUAUUUUUUGUCGGCAAUGUUGUAUACAUCUUUACAUCUAGGACAUGUGCAGAGAGAACCAAGUUGUGGGCAUCAGGAUCCUUUUAUCUCCCUCAGGGCCAGAGUUUGGGAAUGUCUUCUGAGGAAGGUCACUCUUGGGAUGUCCACAAUGCCAAAUUCAUAUGUAAACACUUUUAAACAGUUUUAAACUCACUAGGUACACACUAGGUAAAUAUAUAGUCAAUCAUUUCUUAAAUUAGUGAAGGGGAGAGUAGACUGUGCUAUAACAGUUUUGUGAACAACAAAUCUGUCAUUUACAAAUAUUCCAACAAUACUAUGAAAAUUAAUUGACACUAGCUGAACUGAGAGGAUGAUGAAGGAAGGAGGGGCUACCUAGACAAUGUGGCUUGAUAGAUAUUAAGUUUCACAUGAUUUAAAGCUGUAAAGUGUCUGCCGUAACUUUUUUCUCUGUCUAUAACUUGCUUUGUAUACUGUAUUUCUUCUGGGAUAUAGAUGAUAUUAAUGAUUUCAGAUUAGUUUUCUUUUGUCCAAUUAAGAUUUUUUUCUGUCCCUCUCUUCACUUUUUGUUGCCUACAGCCUAUGCUGUAAUCAAAUAGUUUUAACUUAAAGUACAUGUAUGCCGUCACCACCCAGAUAUCUCACGUCUAGUACUGUAUGUACUUCAUGUAUGUAUGUUUAUAAUGGCUAGACUACCACCUUGGAUCAUUUGGCCACUGACAGGACACCAAGCAAUAAGAAUGUGCUAGAGCUACACUAUUUAAAAGAAUUUGUUUAAACAAAUAUCCCUUCCUGACUUUUAAUGACCAAGUAGAUAACAUUUUGGCUAAUGGUAAUCCGAUUCCCAAGUAAUUUCUAAUAGAUGUAUCUGUCAGAUUAUUCACCAGGUCGCCUGGGCUACUCAGGUCUGUUUACAACCAUUUCAUAAACACAUUUCUUUUUCUUUACAUCUGUUUUUUUACUAUUAUUAUUAUUAUUGUUGAUAAAUACAUUGUAAUGUAAAAUGUUAUAAUAUAAUGUUAAAAAUUUUAUACAUUAUAUGUACCUUUAUAUACACUUUGUUUAGCAUUCCUUUGCACUUUAAAAUAUAGACUUAUAUCUCUGUUGCUGUGUUCAAGAUAUUUAAAUAAAAUA